AUGGCACUCUGUACCAUAUGGAGGUCACUUCGUAACAUUCAAGACACUGACAAAGCCAAAUAUGGAGUGAAACACCGUAUCUCGACUCCAUACCAUUCUCAGACUAGUGGGCAAGUGGAAAUCUCCAACAAGGAGUUAAAAAUGAUUUUCAAAGUUAUGGUCAAUGCAUCACAUAAAGACUGGGCUAAGAAAUUAGAUGAUGCAUUUUGGUCAUAUAGAACAACAUUUAAAACUCUAAUGUGCAUCUCUCCAUAUAGGCCGGUAUUCGGAAAGGCCUGUCAUCUGCCUGUUGAGCUAGAACAUAAAGCAUAUUGGGCGACACACAUGCUCAAUUUCAACAUGAGGGCAACAGAAGAGAAGAGGGUUCUACAACUUCAUAUGCUAGAGGAGUUUCGUUUGGAUUCGUAUGAGGAUGCAAAGAUUUAUAAGGAAAAGACUAAAAGAUGA